UGCAGGGCGCCCAAGGCGAGGUCCGCACUCCUCGUCCCCGCGGCUGGCGCAGGACCUCACUCCAGCGGAGCGCCCACGGGGAGCGGGUCGCGGGGCGGCGGCGGCGAGGAGGAGGCGAGAAGGACUUGGAGGCGGAGGAGGUGAAGGCCAGGGCGAGCGAGCGAGCGAGCGAGAGAGCGAGCGGGGUCCCGGCCGCCCCGCGGGCCAAAGUCGACCCUCCUGCCCGUGGGCGAGCGCGCCGACCGCCCCUUCCAGAACAGCCACCGCCGCAAAGAAGACCGGGCAGGCGCCGAGCUCCCUAUGACUUCCUAAAGUUGUACGGUCCUCGCUGCUGCGUCCGCCGCCCGGGCCGUGCCCCGCGCCCCCGUACGUCCCGUGCGCCCCCAGCGCCCCUGCGCACCCCGGCCCGCGCCCCGCCGGCAUGGACGUCCACACCCGCUGGAAAGCGCGCAGCCCGCUCCGCCCGGGCGCCCCGCUGCUGUCCCCGCCGCUGCUCCUGCUCCUGCUCCUGCUGCUGCUGUGGGCGCCGCCUCCGAGCCGCGCAGCUCAGCCAGCAGAUCUCCUGAAGGUUCUUGAUUUUCACAACUUACCCGAUGGGAUAACAAAGACCACAGGUUUUUGUGCGACACGACGAUCUUCCAAAGGCCCGGAUGUUGCCUACCGAGUCACCAAAGAUGCACAGCUCAGCGCACCCACCAAGCAGCUGUACCCUGCAUCUGCGUUUCCUGAGGACUUCUCCAUCCUGACCACUGUGAAAGCCAAGAAAGGCAGCCAGGCCUUCCUGGUCUCCAUCUACAAUGAGCAGGGCAUCCAGCAGGUUGGCCUGGAGAUGGGCCGCUCUCCUGUCUUCCUCUAUGAGGACCACACAGGGAAGCCUGGGCCUGAAGACUAUCCCCUCUUCCGGGGCAUCAACCUGUCAGAUGGCAAGUGGCACAGAAUCGCCCUUAGUAUCCACAAGAAAAAUGUCACACUGAUCCUUGACUGUAAAAAGAAGACCACCAAGUUCCUGGACCGCAGUGACCACCCCAUGAUUGACGUCAAUGGCAUUAUUGUGUUUGGCACUCGGAUCCUGGAUGAGGAAGUAUUUGAGGGUGACAUCCAGCAGCUACUGUUCGUCUCAGACCACCGUGCAGCUUACGAUUACUGUGAGCACUACAGCCCUGACUGUGACACCGCCGUCCCCGACACCCCCCAGUCACAGGAUCCCAACCCUGAUGAAUACUACCCAGAAGGAGAGGGCGAAGGUGACACCUAUUAUUAUGAGUAUCCCUAUUAUGAAGAUCCUGAAGACCUGGGGAAGGAGCCCACCUCCACCAAGAAGCCAGUGGAAGCCGCGAGAGAAACCACGGAGAUUCCCGAGGAGCUGACCCAGCCCCCCACAGAAGCCCCAACGGUGCCUGAGACCAGUGAGACGGCUGGGAAGGAGGAUCUUGGUAUCGGGGACUAUGACUAUGUUCCCAUCGAUGACUACUAUACACCGUCCCCAUAUGAGGACCCCAACUAUGGCGAGGGUGCAGAGAACCCUGACCAGCCCAGCAACCCUGACUCCGGGGUUGAGGUCCCCACCACCACCAUGGUCACCUCCAACUCCUCCAAUCCGGCUCCAUCUCCAGAGGAAGGGAGGGAUGACCUGGAGGGCGAGUUCACUGAGGAAACCAUCAAGAACCUGGAUGAGAACUACUAUGACCCUUACUAUGACCCAGACUCCAGCGCCUCCCCAUCAGAGAUCGGGCCAGGCAUGCCGGCAAACCAGGACACCAUCUAUGAGGGGAUUGGAGGACCACGGGGCGAGAAAGGUCAGAAGGGAGAACCAGCGAUCAUCGAGCCAGGCAUGCUCAUGGAGGGGCCACCUGGCCCAGAAGGUCCUGCUGGUCUUCCGGGACCUCCUGGAUCCACAGGUCCCACUGGCCAAGUGGGUGACCCUGGAGAAAGGGGUCCUCCUGGACGUCCAGGUCUCCCUGGGGCUGAUGGCCUGCCCGGCCCUCCCGGGACUAUGCUCAUGCUGCCGUUCCGUUUUGGAGGUGGUGGUGAUGCAGGCUCCAAGGGACCCAUGGUCUCUGCCCAGGAAUCCCAGGCCCAGGCCAUCCUCCAGCAGGCCAGGUUGGCGCUGAGGGGACCAGCUGGCCCUAUGGGUCUUACAGGGAGACCCGGCCCCAUGGGUCCUCCUGGGAGUGGAGGUUUGAAGGGCGAACCAGGAGACAUGGGGCCUCAGGGCCCUCGAGGUGUGCAGGGCCCACCCGGCCCGGCAGGGAAGCCUGGAAGACGGGGUCGGGCUGGAAGUGAUGGAGCAAGAGGCAUGCCUGGACAGACAGGCCCCAAGGGUGACCGUGGCUUCGAUGGUCUGGCUGGGUUGCCAGGAGAGAAAGGCCACAGGGGUGACCCUGGCCCUUCUGGCCCUCCGGGACCUCCAGGAGAUGAUGGAGAAAGGGGUGAUGAUGGAGAAGUUGGGCCCAGGGGCCUGCCUGGGGAGCCUGGGCCACGUGGUCUGCUUGGGCCAAAGGGGCCUCCGGGCCCCCCAGGACCUCCUGGUGUAACGGGUAUGGAUGGUCAGCCAGGUCCAAAAGGAAAUGUGGGUCCCCAGGGAGAGCCCGGCCCCCCAGGACAGCAAGGAAAUCCUGGUGCCCAGGGUCUGCCAGGCCCCCAGGGUGCCAUUGGUCCUCCAGGAGAAAAGGGUCCUUUGGGUAAACCAGGCCUCCCAGGAAUGCCUGGUGCUGACGGACCCCCGGGUCAUCCUGGCAAAGAAGGCCCUCCAGGAGAGAAAGGAGGCCAGGGUCCUCCUGGCCCCCAGGGUCCCAUUGGCUACCCAGGCCCUCGAGGAGUCAAGGGAGCAGAUGGUAUCCGAGGGCUGAAGGGCACCAAGGGUGAGAAGGGUGAAGACGGCUUCCCAGGGUUUAAAGGCGACAUGGGCAUCAAGGGUGAUCGGGGGGAGAUUGGCCCUCCUGGUCCCCGGGGUGAAGAUGGCCCUGAAGGUCCGAAGGGUCGUGGAGGUCCCAAUGGUGAUCCUGGUCCUCUGGGGCCCACUGGGGAGAAGGGAAAGCUUGGAGUCCCAGGAUUACCGGGAUACCCGGGAAGACAGGGGCCGAAGGGCUCUAUUGGAUUCCCUGGAUUCCCUGGUGCCAACGGAGAGAAGGGCGGCAGGGGGACACCUGGAAAGCCUGGACCACGGGGGCAGCGAGGCCCAACGGGUCCAAGGGGUGAAAGAGGCCCACGAGGAAUCACGGGGAAGCCUGGCCCCAAGGGCAACUCUGGAGGCGAUGGCCCAGCCGGCCCUCCCGGUGAGCGGGGACCCAAUGGACCCCAAGGACCUACAGGCUUUCCUGGACCAAAGGGUCCUCCGGGCCCUCCAGGCAAGGAUGGACUCCCUGGGCACCCUGGACAGAGAGGCGAGACCGGUUUCCAAGGCAAGACUGGCCCUCCAGGCCCCCCAGGCGUGGUUGGCCCUCAGGGUCCCACAGGGGAGACGGGUCCCAUGGGUGAACGUGGACACCCAGGGCCCCCGGGCCCUCCUGGUGAACAGGGACUCCCCGGCCUCGCUGGAAAAGAAGGGACAAAGGGUGACCCAGGUCCUGCCGGUCUCCCCGGGAAAGAUGGCCCUCCAGGAUUGCGGGGCUUCCCUGGGGAUCGAGGGCUCCCUGGUCCAGUGGGAGCUCUUGGACUGAAAGGCAGCGAGGGUCCCCCCGGUCCCCCAGGCCCUGCGGGAUCCCCAGGGGAAAGAGGUCCAGCUGGUGCUGCUGGGCCCAUUGGAAUUCCAGGGAGACCUGGGCCUCAGGGACCUCCAGGACCAGCUGGAGAGAAAGGAGCUCCUGGCGAGAAAGGCCCACAAGGCCCAGCUGGCCGUGAUGGCCUCCAGGGUCCUGUGGGACUCCCCGGUCCAGCUGGCCCUGUGGGUCCCCCUGGAGAAGACGGAGAUAAGGGAGAGAUUGGGGAGCCGGGCCAGAAAGGAAGCAAGGGGGACAAAGGCGAACAGGGUCCCCCCGGGCCUACAGGUCCUCAAGGCCCCAUUGGACAGCCAGGCCCCUCCGGAGCAGAUGGUGAGCCGGGCCCUCGUGGUCAGCAGGGCCUAUUUGGACAGAAAGGAGAUGAAGGUUCGAGAGGCUUCCCAGGGCCGCCAGGGCCAGUGGGGCUGCAGGGUUUGCCAGGACCCCCAGGUGAGAAGGGUGAGACAGGAGACGUGGGUCAGAUGGGCCCUCCUGGUCCCCCUGGCCCUCGAGGACCAUCCGGAGCUCCAGGUGCUGACGGGCCACAGGGUCCUCCCGGUGGCAUAGGGAACCCGGGCGCAGUGGGAGAGAAGGGUGAGCCCGGUGAAGCUGGCGAGCCUGGCCUUCCAGGAGAAGGGGGUCCCCCGGGACCCAAAGGAGAAAGGGGGGAGAAGGGCGAGGCAGGCCCCUCUGGUGCUGCUGGACCCCCUGGACCCAAAGGACCUCCUGGAGAUGAUGGCCCCAAAGGCAGCCCUGGCCCAGUGGGUUUUCCUGGCGAUCCUGGUCCCCCCGGGGAGCCUGGCCCCGCGGGUCAGGAUGGCCCCCCUGGUGACAAAGGAGACGACGGUGAGCCUGGACAGACGGGAUCUCCAGGCCCAACUGGUGAGCCUGGUCCAUCUGGGCCUCCGGGAAAGCGGGGUCCCCCGGGUCCUGCAGGCCCUGAAGGCAGACAGGGAGAGAAAGGAGCCAAGGGAGAAGCCGGCUUGGAAGGCCCUCCUGGGAAGACUGGCCCCAUUGGCCCCCAAGGGGCCCCUGGGAAGCCAGGGCCUGAUGGCCUGCGGGGGAUCCCUGGCCCUGUGGGUGAGCAAGGUCUCCCAGGAUCCCCAGGCCCAGAUGGUCCUCCUGGCCCCAUGGGUCCCCCAGGACUUCCCGGCCUCAAAGGAGACUCGGGUCCCAAAGGUGAAAAGGGUCAUCCAGGCCUGAUCGGACUCAUUGGACCUCCGGGUGAACAGGGUGAAAAGGGAGACAGAGGUCUCCCUGGGCCCCAGGGCUCUUCUGGUCCUAAGGGAGAACAGGGUAUCACUGGUCCUUCAGGCCCUAUUGGCCCCCCUGGGCCUCCUGGCUUGCCGGGUCCUCCAGGUCCAAAAGGUGCUAAAGGCUCUUCGGGUCCAACUGGCCCGAAGGGCGAGGCAGGUCACCCAGGACUCCCCGGCCCACCCGGUCCCCCGGGCGAGGUCAUCCAGCCCCUGCCCAUCCAGGCAUCCAGGACCCGGAGGAACAUCGAUGCCAGCCAGCUGCUGGACGAUGGGGCUGGCGAGAGCUACAUGGACUAUACGGACGGCAUGGAGGAGAUCUUUGGCUCGCUCAACUCUCUGAAACUGGAGAUCGAGCAGAUGAAGCGGCCUUUGGGCACACAGCAGAACCCCGCCCGUACCUGCAAGGACCUGCAGCUCUGCCACCCUGACUUCCCCGAUGGUGAAUACUGGGUCGAUCCCAACCAAGGCUGCUCCAGGGACUCCUUCAAAGUCUACUGCAACUUCACAGCAGGAGGGGCGACGUGCAUCUUCCCCGACAAGAAGUCUGAGGGGGCCAGAAUCACUUCUUGGCCCAAAGAAAACCCGGGUUCCUGGUUCAGUGAAUUCAAGCGUGGGAAGCUGGUAAGGCGGCCUCUUACUCCUUUGCAGUUGUCACUUUAA